UCUUUUGUUUCACACUUUUUUUUUAUUUUAGCGCACAAAACCUAUCUACUAUGGCUAGUUCGGGAAAACGACCUGUCGUGCUGGUGACAAACAAGGAAACGCCGGAAAAGGGUAUCAAUAAGCUGCGAUUAAAAUGUGAAGUAAUCUUCCCGAAAAGUCACCCCGCUACUCGGGAAGAAAUCCUGGAGCUCGCCGGUCAAGUUGACGGUAUAAUGUGGGUUGGCCACAUGCUACUGAAUGGUGAGGUACUUGAUCGAGGUGGCUCCCGUCUAAAAGCCAUCUCCACCAUGUCGGCGGGCAUGGAUUACGUGGACAUUGAGGAGUUCAAGAAGCGCAAAUUUCCUCUCGGUUAUACCCCGAUCGUGCUAAAUGAUGCUGUAGCUGAUUCCGCCAUCGGGUUAAUGAUUGCCGCUGGCCGACGCUACCACGAGGGAAGAUUGGCGAUUGAAAAAUCCCAAUGGAAUGGUGGACCACAGUGGAUGCUAGGACGUGACAUUAAGGGCAGCACAGUCGGCAUCAUCGGUAUGGGUGGCAUUGGGCAAACGAUCGCGAAACGUCUCAAGGGAUUCGAUGUUGGACAACUUUUAUACUCGGGUCGGCGACCAAAACCGGAAGCCGAGGCGCUGGGCGCGAAAAUGGUCCCGCAGGACGAAUUACUGCAGGAGAGCGAUUACAUCUUUAUUUCUCUUCCGCUUACUAAUGAAACGUUUCACAUGAUUAAUGCGACUACACUUGCCAAAAUGAAACCCACCGCCGUGUUGGUGAAUGUGGCUCGAGGCGAUAUCGUUGACCAGAAGGCUUUAGUAGCUGCACUUAAAAAUGGAACAAUCUUCGCUGCUGGUUUGGAUGUUACUUCUCCAGAGCCGCUUCCGGCUGACGAUGAGCUACUGACUCUUCCUAAUGCAGUUGUAAUUCCCCAUCUGGGUUCAGCAACGGUUCAAACGAGAGACAACAUGGCUGAAAUUGCCGCACUGAACGUGCUUGCUGGCAUAGCCGGAACUCCCAUGUUUUCUCCUUACCCGUAUUAAGUUUACACUUUUAGCAGUAGUAUAAU